CUUUGUUGUGAUUAUGAAUGAUGGGAAAAUGGGCAGGGCCACCUCACUGCGUAAUCAGAAUGGUGUUAUUUAGAGCUAGAACUAUUAAAAAUUUUUUGUAAUAAAUAGUCUCCUCAUGCCAAGCUCUAGAAUGGACCAUGGGCUAGUUGGCCCUCAAGACUCAGCUCCUCCUGCCUUAGUUCUUAGCUCCACCUAUCCAGUUAACAUGGGCAAUGUCCCUGUUACUAGCAAGGGGAGCCCAACAAAAGUUUUGGACUGUAAGCACAACACACAGUCUACAACUUUUGAGACAUCCAACAGAUACGUACAUUCAUUUUUAUGCUAUGAGUUGUUCGCUGCAAUUGAAAUGGGUUCAUUGAAGAGAGUUCGCAAUGUUUUACUCUCCUACCCAGAUCUUGAUUUCAACUUUCACAUCAAAGACGUCACUCCACUCUCAUUGACAUUGUAUAGAAAAAGGUUUGAUAUAUUCCACUUGUUUCUACACCAUCAAGCCAAAAUGGGAAAUCUUAAUUUAAAUAUGAUCAGCAAGGACAACCUUGGAAGGAUGGAACCCCCAAUAAUCACAGCAUGCCGUUUACAUUUUUUAGAGGGUGUCAUGACCCUUGUAAGAAAAGGCGCAGACAUUGACAUGACUGAUAACCAGGGUCAUACUGCAUUGUGGGUGGCCUCAAGACAGCAGAUGCCUGACCUAGUGGAGUACUUGAUUAACAAUGGUGCCAGUGUUAGCAAAAUGGACAAGUUUGGUUGCACUCCCUUACUCACUGCUCUUAUGUACAGAGUCAGUUCUAUGAUUAUCCGCCAUCUCAUCAUACACGGAAGUCCGCUUUCAGCUCACAACAACUGGUCAUCAGCUGAACAGUCCCCUCUUUUCUGGGCCACCAAAAAUGGCAACUUUGAAAUAGUUAAACUAGUUCUCCAAGCGGGUGUCGGCUUGUGGGAGAUCCGUUCAGUGAGGAUGGCCCUGUCCAACAGCGAUGUGGACUCUGACAUACUAGAGCUCCUGGAUCAAGAAACUCAAGCGCCCCCUUCUCUCCAGCACCAGUGUAAGCUAGUGGUCAGGUGUUCCUUAAGCCGCAUUGGACGUGGGAAACAUUUUAUCAAAAACAUGCAAACUCUGCCACUACCGUCCAGUUUAAUUCAGUUCCUUCUGCUUUUCAGAUGAUAAUUCAUCAUCAACAUUCCUAUUUUAAAUAAAAUUUCUUGAAUAUUGUCUAGUCUCUUGCAUGUCAAAAAAGUUUUUAUACUUCUGUGUAAUCUCUUUUUAUUUUACAUGUUCUAAUGUUUACAAUGAUGUAUCUAACUUAAUUUCAGUAUAGUUUCUAUUAUGGGAAAAAUGUUUAUUUGUGUUCUGUUUGCAUUUUAUUUUCAGCUAUUAUGAGAUGAAAGAUGAUUUUGCAUUUAUUUGUAUAAAAUUAAAGGACCUUUUGUUUUCCUUUUACAUGACAAAGUUAAAGCCAUAAGUAGUUUGUCUAUUUAAAAAAAAAAUUGCUAUAUUUUCAAUUUACCAUAGUAAGUGUUUAAAUAAAGUUAAGUUCCCCUGUUUGAUCUAAUGACCUAUAGGGUAGAUGAAGUAGAGUUCAUUUGUUCCUUGACCUCAGCAUAUAAUGGGAUGGUGUGGUCAGCACUAUGCCCAACCACUUUUACUUUCUGUAAUGUGUUUUAAUGGUUGUACUUGUAUAAUAAGUUGGUUAUAUUAUUUGUAUUUAAAUAAUUGAGAAACAACACAUUCAAUAAUUAAGUUUUAUUUGUGAUUUUGAAUUAACUUGAGCAUAAUUUUGUUGCUCGGGUGCUUUCAUUAAAUAAAGUAUAUAUUUGAUUAAUAGGAAUAAAAAUCAGCUAUUUAAAAACUGUGUAUGGAAAAAGCAUAACUGACUUAAUUGUUUUCAGUUGUAAGUUAGAUAUUUCAUUUUAGUUUAAACUUUUUUCUCCAUCAUCUUGUCUUUUAAAUGAACAAAGUAUUUGUUUCAAUGUAUGCAACUUAAAGUUGUAAGUAGAUACUUUAAUAUACUGCCUUCAAAAUGAAACUACUAUAUGAAGUAUAAAUGUAUUGUAUGCUACAUUCCUUAAUCAAAAAUUAUUUCAUUGAUUACAUUGAGACACAGUUAUAGUAUUGAAUUAACUUCACAGGAGACUGCUAUCUGUGAUAAUUGCAACUCUGUGAUGUAUUUUUUUGUUCAUUGAUUUAUUUUAUUUUUAGAAAGAGAACCUUUAUGUGUUACUUAAUUAAAUCUACAUUUCAAAGAAAGUUACUACUUUAAAUAUAAGUAUGAUAUCUGCCUUUAUCUUAGUAAAAAUAAAUAAAUCUACACUAUAGUAUAAUAUGAAACAGCUUAUGGUCAUUUGACUUUAAAAUUUAUCUUAUACUCUUAAAUUGAAUUAGAAUUGCCUAAUGUUGAAUUUUUUAGUCAAGACUUAAAAUAAUGGAAUUUUCUUCUCAACUUUGACCCUUAACCUUGUGUGUAAAACAUCCCUGGCAUGUUUAGAUGUGCAGAACCUACAGUUGGCACAAUGUGUUAAACACAAAAGUAGUAUUUCUGCCUUGUUGUCGAUGAUUUACUGUAAAUCUUAAAAAAUUAUCUCAUCCUUGAUAUUUCAGAAGCAGCUUUUUUUUAGGAGUUAAGAAAUGUUAACCUGUUACAUGGUAGCCCAUGUGAAAAGGUUGAGAGCUACUGUUAUUUAUAAAAGGUUCUUAGAAAAACUGGUCAAGAUUUUUUUUUAAACUGUAUGCUUUCUAAAACAUAACACGCUUUUAAAGAUACAGUAUCAUAGUAAUUAACGUGAGUUAUCAAUGAUGAGAUUUAUAAUUCUGAUACAUUUGUGUAGUCAUGUACGUAAUAAAAUUUGUGUUUAAAAAAAGUUUGUAGUUAAAAAUCUAAAAAAAUUGUCCAUUGUGUUUUUGAGUUAUUUAUAUCUAUUUGGUUGUGAGGUUUGCCAUAAGAUUUUAUAUUAAAUUACCCUCUUACAUUGUUUAAAACAUUAUUUAUACCAAAGUCAAUGAUUUGCUUUACAUUGAUGUAACCAAAUUUUACAAAUGCUUUUUUUAAUUAUUAUUCAUAAAAGUAUUGUACCAUUGUCUGAGUAUUUUUAACUAUACGAGCUUCAAAGAAUUUUAGCUUAGAGGUUUGCCAUAUUUUUGCUUGCCAGUGGAUAUAUAUGUGUAUAUAUAUAUAUUUUUAAAAGCUUUAAAUAUGCUUUAUUCUUUCAACAUAUUAAUGUUUACUUAAAUAUGGGCAAAACAAUCAUAAACAUGUUUAAAAAAAUAUUUCUAUUGAACUCUAAGAUAUUUUGGUAUGUAUUUACAAUUAAUGACUAGUCUUUUCAUGGGAUAUCUUGGCUGCAUUUUUUAAGGUUAGAAAAUGCAUUUGUGCAGAGGUAGAUAUGCUUUAAUUAUAAACUUUGUAAAUAUAUGAUUAUAUCUACCUUCUAAAAGUUUUAGGUUAAAUGUUGACUUCAUCAUACAAAUUUUAACUUAAAACAUUAUUUUAGGUUUUUAUUUUGUUAUAUUUGUAAGGAAAAAGUUGUUUUCUAUAACAAUAAUAGAUUUAAAAAUUACCAGCUGUUCUAGUCUCUUUCUUUAAUUUUCUGAGAGAUCUAAAAAUGGAUUUUGUUCUUGAAAAAAAAUAAUCUCAUUUUACCUCCUUGUCUGGUGCAGGUGGUUUUUUUCUCAGAACCAGGUUAAAGACAUGAACCAAUUUUUUUUAGAUUGAAAUUUGUGAAAACAUUCUUGGCUUUAUCUUCUUUUUUUUUUUAUUUUAAUGUUUUGAUUAUCUCCCUUGUUUUACAAACUGGUCAGUAUUAAUUAAUAAGUCAAUUUAAAUUUGUAAUUAUAGCUUAAACCAAAGUUGGGUUUGUUGUUUUUUUUUAAAAGAUUCAAUCACUGUAUUAUUAAAUUUGGCACCUGCAAUUUACAAAACAUCCUCAUUUGGAGCGGGUUAUAAUAUAUGUCUUCAAAUUAGAAAUGAAAAUUAAUAUCUUACAGUAUAAUUAAAAAAUGAAUUUAAAAAGUAUCUUGACUUGUAUGUAAGCUUCACAUUUUAUUAAAAAAUAUAUUAAUUUGGUUUGAAAAUGUGAUUUUAGUGUACAAUGUGUAAUAUAAAGCAUUUUUUGAAUAUAUGAAUUAUUCCAAAUAUAACUAAGAUCUGUAACAAUAUAUCCUUAUAACAAGAAUUUUAUGUAUGUUGUCAUUGUUUAAUCAUGUGCCCAUUCUUGUCUAUUGGCGUGAGAAUUUUCUUUUCUAUCAGCUGCUGCCAGCCUAGAGGUGUAGUAUUUUAUCUCUUUUUUUUUUCCUCUGUCUCAAUUUGGUGAACUUAGAUAAUUCAUAAAGGUUUCUGAACGAUCAGUUUAAAUCUGUCCUUAUCUAGUCUUUACAUAGCUUAUGUUUUUUAGCGCUUAGAAGUUUGGUUACUCUUGAAUGCUGUUUGGUUGUGUUUGUGAACAUCUCUUAUUGCUAUUCUAGUGCUAAGCAUGUUAUUUUAUCAAUGCUUUUACAAUUAUAUGCUGUUGUAAUGAAAAUGC